AUGGCACCUGCAGCCCUACCACCAGGUGGACGUUGUGAUGUCUCGGUCUUUCCGGAGGCCCUAAAGGGCAAGAAAGUCUUACUCUGCACCGAGUCCUUCGGCCCCGUCAACGGUGUAAGCCGGACGACGCUGAUGCUUGUCAACCACUUGCGCGCCAAUGGGUGUGACCUCGCCGUCGUGUCGCCGCAUAAUUCUACCAAGGUCAACACCUUUAUCCCGAAAUUUACCACCACUACAUCGACACCAUCAUCGUCGAACGGCGAGGCCGGCAAUACCACGGCAGGCUCCAAGGACGUCGAAGUCCGCCUGCACGGCUAUCCCGUCCCCUUCAACCCGGAGCUCAGCAUAGCCUACCUCGUUCGCCUCUCGGAACUCUACCGCCGCACGUUCGGCUGCCCGCCCGAUCUCAUCUAUCUCGCCUCCCCUGCUAGCCUAGGCUUCCAAGUCAUGCUGCAGCUGCGCCAGCGGCCGCAGGCCGAGCAGGUCCCCGUGAUUUGCAAUUUCCAGACCGACCUCGCCGGCUACUGCAAGACGCUGUUCCCAUGGCCGAUGGGCGACAUCGCAGACUACACAUUUGCAGCGGUACAGAGUUUCCUUUUCAGGCACGCCAGCGUGCGGACCAUUUUCUACCCUAGCACAUAUGUGCGCAGGUACCUGGAGCGCCACCGCGUCCAGGGGGACAAGAUGGAGGUCCUCACGCGCGGCGUGGACGCGGACAUGUUUCGCCCAGCGAAGAGGAGCGAGGCGCUGAGAAAGACCAUUGCCCCGAACGGCGAGGUCAUCCUGAUAUGCGUGGCGAGGCUUGCGGCGGAGAAGAGCUUCGACUUCCUCGCCCUCGCAGCCAGGGAGCUGGACGCGCGCGGCCUGGACUUCAAGCUGUACAUCGUCGGCGGUAACCGCCAGGCGGAGGUCGAGGCGGAGAUCAAGGACCUCUUCUCGGACCUGGUGCGCAAGGGCAAGGUCGUCUUCGCGGGGUUCAAGGUCGGCGAGGCGCUGGCCGAGGCGUAUGCUAGUGCCGACCUGUUCCUGCACUGCUCCGUCUCCGAGACGUUCGGGCUCGUGGUGCUCGAGUCGUUUGCCUCGGGUGUGCCCGUCGUGGCGAGGGACGUGGGCGGGCCCAGUGACACGGUUGCUGACGGGGUUAGCGGGUUCCUCACGCCGCCUGACGGCCUGCCUGCUUUCGUGGACAAGGUCGUGCUCUUGGUGAACGAUGGGAAGCUGAGGGGCCGAUUCGGAGAAAGUGCGCUGAAGCAGGCUCGGGAGGCGACGUGGGAGAAGAUCAACAACAAGGUGGCAUGGAAAAUGGCGGAUACAAUACAGCGGAGAGAGGAGGAGCUGGCGGAGAUGCGAAUGGAGGACGAAGGUGCUGACCAAAGCCCGAGCGCCUCUGCCGUGCCGGUAUUUGGAUGGCUGAUGUUGAGUAACGCGGUGCGUGAGACGGUGGUAGGCUCCAAGCUUGCCGGUGCGCUGGGUGUCAUCAUGGGAUUUUGGGGCCUGCCGAACACCAAGGACAGCAUAUGCUCUUGGUCCGUCCUCCUGGCAUCGGAGCGGGACAGUUAUUCAGAAGGCAGAAGAUCUUAUAUCGUGAUUUGCACUCACUGCCACUACGAUCACAUCGGCGGCAUUGCCCAGUUCACGGAUGCACCUAGAUCUGCAAUAUGGGCAAGCGGCUAUGACAAAGGAUUCAUCGAGGAUGACUUACCAACUUCAUCUCUGUGUCGAUUCGUCGGCAUGGAGACACCCAAGUACACUGUGACUAAGUGGGCCGCAAACUCGGAGCCGGUCGUGUUUGGCAUCAAAGACCUCGGACUCACCAUAUACCAGACACCAGGCCAUACGCCUGAUGAGCUGGCUAUUUGGGACCAGAAGGAGAGGGUGUUGUUUGUAGGCGAUACCCUUUACGAGUGGGCGCCUAUCCUCUUCUCACUGUUGGGGAAUUUGGAUGACUAUGCUGCGACUUUGCACAAAUUGCGGAAACUCGUGGAUGGGUGCAACAGAGGCGUCGCGGAAGACGACCGUGUCACCAUGGCAUGUGGCCAUUGUACACAAGACACCCCGGCGGCUGAAUUUCUCUACGAGGUCGACAGCUUCUUCGACAAGAUCAGAACAGGGAUUGUACCGCCGAUUGACAAAGGCACAACGCCCGGGAGGAACAUACCACUAGUUGGUUUUGAGCGAGAGGACGGCUGGUUCUCUAUCGUCGGUCCUAAGGAGCUGUUCGACAAGUUUCGUGUUGGUCACAACCUUUGA